GCUCCAUCAUGAGCUGCCUCUUCAACGGGUGCUCCAAGCCAGUCGUGCCGUCCCUUGACAAGUGCGCCUUCCACCGCUACCGCUCCAAGUGCAAAGUCGACGGCUGCUUCAACCAGGUCUACGCCCGCCUCCUCUGCGUGAGCCACGGCGGCAAAAAGACGUGUCAGUCGCCGGGCUGUGCCUCGCCCGUGCGUAUUGGCGACUUCUGCACCAAGCACACGGCGCGGUCCAGCAGCGCGUGCUCAGUGGACGGGUGCACUCAAGACACCGCCGCCGCCAACCAAACCAAAUGUCCGCUCCACGGCGGCAGCAGCAACUGCGCCGUCGACGACUGCGUGAAGCCCGCACGCAUGGGCAAAUUCUGCUGGCACCACCGUAACCGCGUGCUCUCCAAGCCCAUGCCACAAGAGGCCUUGGCUUGCAACGACGGCGACGCGUUGAUUCUCAUGCUCGACGAAUGGAUGAUGGACGAGACGACGCUUGUCUCCUCGCUCUCGGACGACUUUAUCGACUUUGAUGGGAUACUCGACGACAUUGUUCUGUUCUAAAUCACCUUAAAUAUGUUAUUUAUCCUUGUA